AUGAGGUCAAGGUGGUUAAAAACAAGUGAUGAACUUAAGAGAAUUUUGAAGGAAUCGUUGAACUCAUGCAACUGCUCACUUUUCGUAAUUUUUAGUACUUUCAGCGUAGCGAACGAAGCAGCUCGUGAUGAUUCAAGUGUUUUGCUAAUAAUUGUACUCUGUGUACUAUUUUGUUUCGCAAUUCGCCACAUGAAUGACUUUUACGCUGGAGAAACUGUGACUCUGGUUGAAGAAGGAAUGUGGAGCGGACGAUUCCGUCACAAAAUCGAAUAUCGUAUGCUGGCAAAUAUUGAAAAUGAUUUCAGUGAUAUGCACGAACAACUUAAAAACAAGGAAGAAGAACAACAUGGAGUUUGCCGUUCUGAAAUGCCUUUGUGA